AUGACCCAACUUGGGCAGUCCCUCAAGGAUCAGAACCUAUCUUCAGCUCUGGAUAUUUACCUCGUCGUCCGACGACGAACGCUCCCAGCAGAUCAAGUCGAGUCCUUAUUCCAUUUCCAACGCCAACUCGUUCAACUAUUCCACUUCACGACAAUCCAAAAAUCUGCAUCAGAUCGCGCAGGAGUCGGACAACAGUUCUCGAAGCAACUUUCACUGCUGGAUCAGCGCCGAGAUCGGGUGUUGAGACAUAUCUCGGAGAGAAUACUGGUGGGGAACGAUCAUGCGGAGGCGCUGGCGGGACUUGUGGAUGCGAUUGGGAAGAGUCGAGCUAUGGUCCAGCAUUCGUAUGUUUCCAAUUCGAAUGAGAAACUGCAGGACUGGCGGGAGGCUUUGAAGGUACUUGAGGAUUGGUCGGCGGCUGAGAAGCCUUGGAAUUGGAAGAAGAACGCGACGGAGGAUGUUGUAGCCAAGGAGUCGGGACCAUCAUCAACAAAUACACCAGCAUGGAGAAACGCGGUUCUGGAACGGGAGCUGGGCAGCUGGCUUGUCAAGUUGAUGAGCAAGUUGGUCUACAGCCACACUUACUUGGUCCGAUCCAUGCUCGACACAAUACCAAAGCAGUUCGGGAUCAAGACAACUGUCGACAUGCAUCUUGUGCUGUUGAACUAUUAUGCAAUGUUUGGGCGGGAUGGCUACCGGGACACGCUUUCAAUCGUCGCCAGCAUGGACAACAAAGGCAUCUCCUGGAAACACGAGACCGCCGUUUACGACUACCUCCUCUACUCUCUCAGUCACAUGUCAGGCAAUGAAGCCCAUGCCGACAAGAUUAUCGACCAAAUGCUCGCCAACGACCUUGUUCCUCGGGAAGAGACCAUGAAAGCCGCGAUCCUAUGUGCGGCGCGAUCAGGAGAUCUGGAGGCUUGUUCACGGUACAUCAGCAGGAUGCAUGAGGAGUGGGACCUGGUCAUUGGCGAGCGUAUGAAGGCGAUCCUGUUGUACGCGUGCGCCAAGCGAGGCGAUUUUGACAGUGCGGUCGAGAUUCUGGGUCAGCUCAGUGUUCCAGGGACAUUGGUUCGGUCGAGGGGCAAGAAACGUUCCUGUGACAACAUCGUCCCGACAACCUCUGCGACAACUAACGCACAUCUGGAGGAGAUAUUGUCGGACGCGGAUAUUAUCAACAACACGAACGUGCUGCUCGCACUCAUCAACCAAACCCACAACAGACGCGGCAAAAAGAAGCAUAUGUCACAGGACUUCAUCAAGGAUGAGGUGUCUAAGGUCCUGGAGCUCUUUACCGUGAUCACCAAGAACCCCCAGCAGAUCGACACGCAGCUCUACACGAUCAUGAUGCAGUACCUCUCCACCCUGCCUUCGCCCCUCCCAGGAAUGACGUAUCUUUACAAGGAGAUGCAGGGUACCAAGAACGCCAAGCCCAAUCACGUCACCUACAGGAUCAUGCUGGAGGCGUGUGCUGAGCAGAUGGACAUGGAGUACGGCAAGCAACUGUGGGACGACAUGGAUGAGUCCAAGAUUAUAAAGGAUUGCUAUGUCCGCGCUAGCUUUGUCAAGGGCUGGGGCAAGAUCGGUUACCUGAAGCAAGCCGAGUGGAUUGCACGCGAGGGUUACCUGAUUCAACAGGGUCUGGACAAGGAGCGUCGCCAGCAUCGUUUGGCGUUUGUGCUCAAAAAUCGGAAACGACGAGACCAAGGGCUACCAGAACUGCAGGAUCUACCUCGACUCCCGCGACGGCAGCGGUUGAACGACAUUAUCAGCCUGAAUGUCCUCCAUGAGUUGAUGAGGUCGAACCGAGCACACAACAAACCGGACCGUGUCUAUGAGAUUUAUCAGGAGAUGGAGCAGGGCAAGUGGGGUAGUCGGAUGCGCCCUAAUCAGUUCACUCUUUCGAUUGUCCUUCAAGCCUGUGGGUCUGGAACGGCGACGAGCAAGUUGGUGGAUCAGGGGAUUGGUCUGGUGGAGCGUUACAUCAAGAGUCAGCAGAGAGAGCUCCAGCAGUUCAAGGGCGACGACGAGGAUGAACAGGACGAAGAUUCUGGCAGCAGCAGGGCAGCAACGGAUGCGGAAGAAACGAUCUCGGGCAAGAAUUCGUUGGCUUCACUAUCGGAUGUCAACUACCAGCUGUACUUUACAAUGUUGGGUCGACACCAUCGUCAGCGCAAGAUGGUGACUGUGUGGGACGAGAUGAUGCAGGCGAUUGAGCAGCCGCCUUCGCAUGGGACAACAAACAUGGUGAUGGAGGCCCUUGAGAACGUCCAAUGGGGCGCUACGCCCAUCAAGCGCAUCCAGAGGCAGCUAAAGGAUCGUUGGCCACAGGUUGACUGGGAUGGCGCAGGCAAGAAGAAGCGUAUUCCAGGGUUUGGGUCCGUCGAGGAGUUGGUGGAUGAGGACCAAUCUGUCGGAGCAGGUGGACGUUUCUGGAGGUGA